GCGUCUACCGGGUAUGGAGGAAAAUUUGGUGUCCAAGUUGACCGGAAGGAUAAAUCGGCGGCAGGAUGGGACGAGAAGGUUGAACUCUCAAAGCAUGAGAGCCAGAAAGCUAUGAAUUAUGAAGAGUACAUUUUAGACGCGGCAACUGGUUACGGAGGUCGAUUUGGUGUGCAGACUGACAGAAAGGAUAAAUCGGCCGCAGGUUGGGACGAGAAGAACGAGCUUACGAAACACGAAAGCCAAAUGGACUACAAAAAAGGUUUUGGAGGCAAAUUUGGCGUUCAAAAAGACCGUCAGGAUGCUUCAGCAGUGGGUUGGGAUACAAAGGAGCAAGUUCCGAAGCACGCCAGUCAAACUGACUAUAAACAAGGAUUUGGCGGCAAAUUCGGUGUUCAGACGGAUAGACAGGAUAAAGCUGCUGUUGGAUACGAUGUUCACGACAACCUUGGGAAACAUGAGAGCCAGACAGAUUAUAAGAAAGGCUUCGGAGGCCAAUUUGGAGUGCAGACUGAUAGACAGGAUCGUAGCGCUGCAGGAUUCGAGUACCAUGAGCAAUUGGCUAAACAUGAGAGCCAAGUAAUCAAUAAAGGUAUCGACAAAUCAAAUAAUCAAACUCGUGGUGAUGAUCGGCCAUCACCAAGUCCUGGGAGUCAUCGCGAGAAAGUUGAAGUUCCUGCAAAAGCUCGAGCCUCGGACUUACGUGCUCGAUUUGAGAAGUUGGCGACUACUGACACAGUAGAUCGGGUCGCCGCUGAACGAGAGAGGAGGAAACGCGAAGAUCAGGAACUGCAAGAACGGCAGCGACGCGAAGAGGAGGAAAGGCAGCGGCGCAUCGACGAAAAUUGGAAGAAACAAGAAGCGGAACAUCCCGUCGAUACAGAGCGGCAACGAGCUGAAGAAGAUGCGAAUGAGCGAGCUCAUUUAGUGAGUAGUUUGGAAAUUACGAAAGUGAAACUAUAUGCGUCCCCAUCG